CAAGUUCUGAAUUUAAUUCAGUUGAAAUCCACGUUUGUUGCAUUGCGGACAAAUUUUGCGGAGACCUCUCUCGAGUACAUUGUUCCAGUCAUAAAUAAGGACUUUUAUUUAUUCUUCAUACAAAUCUCAAGCCUCUUUAAGGAAGACACCGAUAAAAUUUGUUUUUGUAAUUAAUUUUUAAAGAUAUAAGUGCAAUUUUGUGAUCAACGGUUUUUUGAAGAAGCCGGUGGUGUUGAACGUGCUCAAAAGUGUGUUAAAAUUCAAAAAUCUUUUUCUUUUUUUCCAAACACAAGAACAACAAAAAUAAAUUAAUUAAUCAUGAGGGAAUGCAUCUCAGUACAUAUUGGACAAGCUGGUGUACAAAUUGGUAAUGCCUGUUGGGAGCUCUAUUGCCUUGAACAUGGUAUUCAACCCGAUGGACAGAUGCCAUCCGAUAAAACUAUUGGUGGAGGUGAUGAUUCGUUCAACACAUUCUUCAGCGAAACCGGCUCAGGAAAACACGUACCAAGGGCAGUUUUUGUUGAUUUGGAACCUACAGUAGUUGAUGAGGUUCGUACCGGCACCUACCGUCAGCUCUUCCAUCCGGAACAACUUAUAACUGGCAAAGAAGAUGCCGCCAACAAUUAUGCCCGUGGUCAUUAUACAAUUGGCAAGGAAAUUGUUGAUGUUGUCCUGGACCGUAUUCGCAAAUUGGCCGAUCAAUGUACUGGUCUCCAAGGAUUCUUGGUAUUCCAUUCGUUUGGUGGUGGUACCGGAAGUGGUUUCACCUCACUUCUCAUGGAACGUCUAUCUGUCGAUUAUGGCAAGAAAUCUAAACUUGAAUUCUCAAUCUAUCCAGCACCACAAGUAUCGACAGCUGUGGUUGAGCCUUACAACUCCAUUCUUACCACUCACACAACUCUCGAGCAUUCCGAUUGUGCCUUCAUGGUCGACAACGAAGCUAUUUAUGACAUCUGCCGUCGCAACUUAGACAUCGAUCGUCCAUCAUACACCAAUUUGAAUCGUCUCAUUGGCCAGAUUGUUUCGUCCAUUACAGCUUCGUUGCGUUUCGAUGGUGCUCUCAAUGUCGAUCUAACUGAAUUCCAAACCAAUUUGGUGCCAUACCCACGUAUCCAUUUCCCAUUGGCAACCUAUGCCCCAGUUAUCUCAUCCGAGAAGGCCUACCACGAACAAUUGACAGUAGCCGAAAUCACCAAUGCAUGCUUUGAGCCCGCAAAUCAAAUGGUCAAGUGCGACCCACGACAUGGCAAGUAUAUGGCUUGCUGUAUGUUGUAUCGUGGUGAUGUCGUACCAAAGGAUGUCAAUGCUGCCAUCGCCACAAUCAAGACCAAGAGAAGCAUUCAGUUUGUUGACUGGUGUCCCACUGGUUUCAAAGUGGGCAUCAACUACCAGCCACCAACUGUUGUGCCUGGCGGUGAUCUGGCCAAGGUUCAACGUGCUGUUUGCAUGUUGUCCAAUACCACAGCUAUUGCUGAGGCCUGGGCUCGCUUGGAUCAUAAAUUCGAUCUGAUGUAUGCUAAGCGUGCAUUCGUCCAUUGGUAUGUUGGUGAGGGUAUGGAAGAGGGUGAAUUCUCUGAGGCUCGUGAGGAUUUGGCAGCUUUGGAGAAGGAUUAUGAGGAGGUUGGCAUUGAUUCCAAUGAAGAAGCUGGCGAAGGCGAUGAAUAUUAAGUUUGAGAAAACUAUAUACAAAAAUGUACAACCAACAGCAAUAUUUAACUGACGCGACGACGACGUGACGUUUAAAAUGUCAUCGUUGCCGUUUGUCAUCAUCGUCCGUAUAUAUGAUUGGAAGGAAUUUCGUUUGUGGAUUUUAAUUUAACUUUCUUAUAUGAUUUUCUUUUAUACAAAAUAAGCUCUUAAUAAUAUACAAAAUAGAAACUAAUGCGUCUCUGCACAUACUUAUACCAUAAUUUUUACUAAGAAUUUUAUAUUUUUAAUCUCAUCAUCUUCAUCAUCAUAAUCAUCAUCAUCAUCAACAUUAUCAUCAUCUACAUUUCAAUUUGUUUUGAUUUAAGUUUUAUUUUUGAUUUAUUGUAUUAUCAUGCUAUCAUCAUCAAAAAAAAGAAAGAUUUUAAAUAAAUGCUUUAACAUCACGUGACAUCAGAAGGAAAA